AUGGAUUCUUUCUUUGGUCGCUCGAAACGCACUAAGGCCCGUCAAUCCUCGAUCUCCGGAAACAUUGAUCUCAACGAGAGUUCAGUUCCCUAUGACCGGCUUGCUCCUGCUCCCAAAUCCCCGCUGCCUAUCGGCACCCUUUCUCAAGGCGUUCGCAGUCCUGGCUUUAUUUCGGCUCCAAUAACAAACCCAACCUUGACUACCAAUGGCACCGAACUCAACAAAUUCACGAUCUCCAAGAGCCGUGCUGAACGAGAGAGAGCUUAUGAACAGUAUACAGUUCGUGCUUCAUCACCAAGCACCGUCUCGGCCUCAACAUCUACCUCAGACUCUUCUACGUUAUACAACGAGUCCAUUCCUUCAUCCUCCCAGACCACUCUUUCCAGCCAGACCGCACCGGCCGCACCUCGCGUCCUUCGGAGGAGCGAGGCCUCUACUACCUCUGGACAUGGUCCCCGUACCACAAAUAUGUCCGAUUUUGGGCAAUAUCCAGCCACACCCGGCUCCCCCUUGCCUCACACAUCUUCUGCUGGGACGAUUCGCCCAACUUCAAGCAUGACAACCCGCUCGGACAACAAUCGCAAUUCUCGAUAUUCCCAUUCAAUUGUAUCCUCAGAUGGCGGCAGUACAUCCCAUCAUUCACAUUUAUCACAUUUAUACCAUCCUCAUCGACCCCAUACCAAUAACCCCGACGAGUUUUCAUUUCCAAGACCAGACACUGACGAGGAGAUUGAUGCACUAUUCGAUAACGUUAAAGAAACAAGAGACUUGGGUGAAAUGCCAAAUCUUUCUGUGGAUCAAAAGUGGCGUAUUGUUUAUAACGAUUGGCAAAUACGAUGGAAGGAGGGGAAGCAGAGGGAUGAUCAGGCCAAGAAGCUGCACGAGGUUGGGCAACCUACGGCCAUCAUGGCAGAUACGCCUGAAUGGUAUGUCAAAAAGUUCCUGGACAAGACUAUCACCUCCAGGCAGGUCAUUGGCCUGACAGUGUCUAUGAGGAACAAGGAAGUCAGCUGGUUUCAGCAAUUCAUUAAUCUACGAGGAACAUCUGUGCUGGCACAGACUCUUAGCCAUAUCAGUCGGAAACGGUCUUCACGGCGGGAACACGAUACCAAUUUAGAAUACGAGAUUGUCAAAUGUCUCAAAGUCAUAUUCAACAACCCUAAUGCUACCAACGAAGCUCUCACUCAUCCUCAAAUCGUUACUCAAAUGGCUUCUUCUCUCAAUACCCCACACAUACCCACCCGAAAGCUAUUACUUGAAGUCCUCACUUUCUUAUCGUAUUGGAAAAACGGCGAGGCGCAGCCUCUUGUCAUCGUUGCACUUGAAGCUCUCAGUACAGCAAAUGGUUCAGCAGAUGAGAAAGGAGGACCAUAUGAUUAUUGGUUCAAGUCCAUGGAACAGGCGCUCUCCGGACGUGGAAGGAUGGGUAGUCUCGUUGGAGCCAGUGAUGAAGUGAAGAAGUCUGGAGGCACUGAUUCAAAUUUGAACGAUUAUGCGCUAUCCAAUUUGAUACUGGUUAUAAUGAUCCUUGAGCAAGUAGACGACCUUGACCUUCGGCUACAUUAUCGCUCGCAAAUGGAGUCCGCCGGUCUCCAGGAAAUCAUUCCGCUGUGGAAAAGCUUUCAAGUGCCGAACAUUGACAAGCAACUUGAUAUUCUUCUCAAGGCACUUGAAGAAGAUGAGCGCAAGCUCCGGGAACGACUGGAUCAGGAAAUUCUUCGCGAUCUGAACAAUCCACAGGAUAUCUACAAUGCAAUCGUUGCUAAAAUUCAAGACACGAAAGCGAGGAAUUAUUUCUUGUCGAUGAUGCAGCAUUUACUGCUCAUUAGAGAGGAAGGUGCUUCAAUGGUCCAUUAUUAUCAACUGAUCGAUUCAUUGGUGACGGACGUCGUUUUGGACAAGAAGCUUGCUGGUGCAGAGCAAAGAUUCGGCCACUCGGUUGAACGAAUCAUUGCCCAGUUCAAUGAGAGUGAUCGCUAUCAAACCCUUGAGGAUGAAGCACAAAAGACGAGAGUUGAGCUACUUCGUAUCAAGUUGGAGAAGGAUGUCUUGGAGGAAGAGAUAGCGCAGGGAGAAGGCGGUUUGAUUGGGCAGCUAAAGGAGAAGCUGGCACAUGCGGAACAGAAACUGAAUGUUUCGAGAGAGACGACGUUCAGGUUGCAAGGUCAGUUGGAAACUCAGAAGAAUGGGUAUGAAGAACAGAUUGCGCAGCUGGAGGCGCAGAUCAUGGAACUGUUCAAAAUGCUGAAGGAAGGUGGGAAAGGUACGGACUUCAUGCUGGACACUGCUACGACUGCAGGGAUGGACCGAAGGACAUUGAUCGAUACACUGGAGAGGAAUUUCCAGCGGCAUAAAACUAUCAGCAUACUGGAAGGUAGACAGCUAAGCGAUAGGAAAAAGAAGAUUGGUCUUUCAACCGACGAUGUUCAGGAGGAAGAAGACGAUGACCCCGACACCACACCAAGGAAGGCCGGUGCCAUGAGGCGUGGUUCCAGACUACAAAAUAAAGGCAAGAAGAAGAAGAAGGGUGGUAGGGAGGCUCCAGCUGGUCUCGGAUCUACUGGACGUUCCUCCCAGUUCAUGGAUGCUGAGGAGGAGGAUGCUGAAUCACAGAUUCAACUGCAAAUGUCAGCGGGGGCAACACUGUAUCAGCGGGAUGGUUCGUUGUCGACCUCACGAAGCGUGAGAGGCUCGCCUCGCCCCUCAGGUCGGUCGAAAUCAUCAAAAACAAGCGACAUUCUUUCACCACAAGUUGGUGUUGAUGGACUGGGGCUUCACGAUGGUUCUCGACCUCUACAAAGUUUGAGUGAAGUCAACGCAGAAGAGGAAAGCAGUGGUGAUGAGGACGAAGACGACCAAUCAAUACGGCGAUCGAAUAAUACGAUACCUACCUCAGUGAGUUCGCAAGGGUCUCAAGACAGUACCUCUGUACCAGGGUCCUUUGCUGAUCAACUCAGCAAACACUUCCUGGCGAAAGGACGCGCGAUACCAGGAAAUAGUGCAGACUCCGCCGCCCCUGCUGAGCCUUCUGCACCUGCCGCCGAUGCCCCUCCGCCUCCUCCGCCUCCGCCGCCGCCGCCUCCUCCUCCUCCAGGAGGUAUGCGUAUCGGUGGCGGACCACCGGCACCUCCACCUCCACCUCCACCUCCACCUCCACCUCCACCCGUUGGGUUUAAAGGAGUUGUUAUACCCACAUCUGGCUCCGCUGGGUCUUCCCUUGCCGGUUCUCCUGCGCCUCCCCCUCCUCCGCUUCCAGGCUCGGGAACGAGCUCUAUCCGUGCCUCCGUGUUUCUAGGUUCGAAUCUCAACAUGCUAUUAUCUGCUCGGAAGGAUCUACCUAUCACUCCUGGUACCAAGAUGAAACAGCUGCAAUGGGAUAAGCUUCCCCAGCAACAGGUGGGCAAGACACUCUGGAAUAAUGAGGAGCCCGAGAAAGAGAAGGAGAUGUUGAAGAAGUUACAAGUUGAUGGCGUAUGGUUGGAGAUGGAGGAGGACUUCAAGGCGAAACAGCUUGUGAUAAACCUCAUGGCACGUCAAAAGCGAGCGGAGCUCAAGAGUGUUCUCGAUACAGAAACCAAGAAACGCGUUGAGAUUCUCGUUCAGGGUGUCAAGAAACUUGAACCGGAGGAGAUUGCUCAGAAGAUACGCAACUUUGACCAAGAUGUAUGCACUCAGCUGUUCCUCAGCGAGCUGAAGCGUGUUUUGCCUUCUCCUGAACAGGUCGGAAAAUUGAACGUUUACCGUAAUGCUGACCCCAAGGAACUUGCGGAGCUUCACCCUGCGGAUCGGUUGAUGGUGAAGUUGAUCCAAAUCGACCGCUUGGGUCCUCGUAUAGAAGGCAUGCUCUACAAGUGCGCUUUUGAGGAAAGGUGGUCUCUGUUAGAUGAGGGAGCAUCAAAAUUGGCAGACGCGGGUGAAUCGUUACUGCACGCCAAAGCCUUCAAGGAGCUUCUCAGUCUCAUUCUUCUUGUCGGAAAUUACAUGAACGGCACCGGUAUCAAGGGUGGUGCGUUCGGUUUCCGGGUUAGCAGCGUGAACAAGUUGGUCGAUACAAAGUCCGUGAACAAUACGACUCUACUUCAUUUCCUAGAGCGUACGGUGGCCAAACAAUUCCCAGAGAUGGAGGACUUCCUUGAGGAACUUGCCAAACCGGCUGAAGCUUACCGUGUUAAUCUUCAGGACCUCCGUAAAGGCUUAGGAGAUUUGAGAGAGGGACUGAAACAGAUACAUACUGAGCUUCGAGAACACUUUACCGAGAUGAACCAGGACGAGAUCUACGGGAAGCAAAUGUGGGCGUUUUUCAAAAAAGCUGGUGUCCAGGUCGAGGAUGUUACGGACGAUAUCAAUGCUGCAGAAACAACGUUCAACGAAGUGCUCAGGUAUUACGGUGAAGAGGACAAGAACAUGUCGUCGUCAGAAUUCUUUGCCAUCUUCAAGACCUUCGUUACCUCGUAUCGGAAAUGCAAGAUGGACAACCGAACAGCUGCGGAAGAACGUGCUGCCCUGGAAAAACGCAGAGAAGUGGCGGAAGAACAGCGUGCCAACCGCGAAAAGGCUAUGGAAGCCGCUGCGAAUCACGAGGAUAACGAUGUUCUGGACAGUCUCCUUGAGAAACUUCGUAAUGGCGAUGCUGUACCUCGCAAGUCUCGGCGAGCAGCAAGGGCAACAACGAGCAAUCGAACGCGAGCAUCUGUUCCCCAAACACUCACGGUGGACCAGAAUGCUACUGGAGAAAUGGCAAACAUCGCGCGGGACAUGUUGGCUCAAUUAGAGUGCAACUUCCCGGUGCCGUCAACGUCGCCGACGCCAACCUCAUCUACGAGUACAAGACGACGACGGAGGCGGAUAGACACGAGCGGAUUAGAGGAGGGGAUACUACUGUCAGCAUCCAUGCCUGAUGAUGCGGAGACGGAUUCCAAGGAGAAACCAGAUUCUCCGGGACUGCAAUGA